UUCCUGUUUCAACUGCUCAUCAAAAUGGAAACAGUUGCUUCAAAAUAGCUUUAAAACCUCACAUUUAUCAAGUUAUAUAUCCUUUAAAUCUUAUAUUUGACUAUUUAAGGACUUUACAGUAAUAUUGAGCUGCUACUGAGAGAGCUGUAAUCCCCGAAGAAACGACUUUAUCUGCUGAAAGAAGGAAAUAUCUCCGCUGUUUGUUUAUUUUAAUACAGCAGCAACAUGCAUCGCAGAGGAGUCGGUGCAGGAGCUAUUGCUAAAAAGAAGCUAGCAGAGGCCAAAUAUAAAGAAAGAGGGAAUGUUCUUGCAGAGGAUCAAAUAGUUCAGAUGUCCAAACAGCUGGAGACCUUUAAGUCUCACCUGGAGGAGUUCGCCAGCAAACACAAACAGGAAAUACGCAAGAAUUCACAGUUCAGGGUCCAGUUCCAGGAGAUGUGCGCCACCAUCGGAGUCGACCCCCUCGCCUCUGGUAAAGGUUUCUGGUCUGAGAUGCUAGGAGUCGGUGACUUCUACUAUGAGCUCGGUGUGCAGAUUAUUGAAGUGUGCCUCGCUCUCAAACACAGAAAUGGAGGUCUCAUUACUUUGGAUGAACUCCAUCAGAGAGUCCUGAAAGGAAGAGGGAAAUACGCUCAGGAUGUGAGUCAAGACGACUUGAUGAGAGCCAUAAAGAAACUGAAGGUGAUGGGCAGCGGUUUCGGGAUGAUUCCCGUCGGCGGUUCUUACCUGGUGCAGUCGGUCCCAGCUGAGCUCAACAUGGAUCACACUGUCGUCCUGCAGCUGGCUGAGAAUAAGGGCUACGUCACCGUCAGUGAGAUCAAGGAGAGUCUUAAAUGGGAGAAGGAGCGAGCGUCUCACGUCCUGGAUCACUUGCUGAAGGAGGGUUUGGCUUGGUUGGACUCUCAGGCUGCAGGCGAGGCUCAGUACUGGCUGCCAGCGCUGUUCUCUGAGCUCACCUCCCGUGAUGUCACACCGGAGGAAGCCAAUCAGAUGACGCCUUAAAAAAAAAAAGCUUUAAAGAGACAUGUAAACAAAACAAAAAAACAAAAUGUGCCCGGUGCAGCUUGUGCCCUGGAGGAAGGGAACAGGGAGAGGAGAGGAUCAUGUGAUGCAGUUGGCUGGUUCUGCUGGGACUGGAAGGUAGCGGCAAGUUUCCCCUCUCUGAGAUCAUUUUCUUGGACAUGUGGAGGGAAAGUUUCCUCAUCAUUGGGGGGGGAUGGGGGGAGGGGGGGGCUCUCCAAAGUUACACACAUGCCACGAAUGCACUUAUUGUAUUACAGAGUCACUGCGGCUCAUGAAACUUGGUGUAUAAGGUGUUUUUUUGGGGGGUCUUAUGGUGUUUACUGAUAAUUCUCACUGUACAGAUGAUGUCAUUAUUCAAAUGUUUACGUAUAAAACUUUUAACAAAAAAAAGAGUCUAAAUCAGCUUUAUUUGACCUCAUUUUUUUAUUGUUAUUAUUAUUAAUAUUACAACAGUUGGAGCAAAAAUAAAUUGAACUUUUACAUAGAAAUCCACUUGUUAUAUCGCUAAACCUCAUAUCAACAACUCAUCCCGUCACAUAUACAUUGUUGUUUUCUUUAAAAAUCAACAACAAAAAAAACCUGGUCAAAAGUAAAAUUAAACAUUUUAAAAUCAGUUUUUAUCUGAUUUAAAUAAUAAACAGAAAAGGUGCAAAGCUAUGCAGGUAUAUGAGUCAGUGUAAUUAGUCGAGCCGUGCUGCACUUUAAAGGACCGUUCCGCUAUUUCUGCUUCUUUACAGAGAUCAUUUACAUCUUUUACUGCUGGUUUUGUUUUCCAAAGCACACUCAAGUUUUUCUACUCUUCAGAUAAAUAUCGGGGUCAAACAGUGAGUAUCAUGCCUGUUGUGAAUUAGCUUUUAGCUUUUUGAUACUUAAUGAAAUGUGUCCAUAACUUUCAGUAUCAAACUCUUUUCUGAAAGCUAGCUUUGAUUGUCUGUUAGUUUAUUUUUUGAGCUGAUAUUCCUGAUUUAAAUCUCAUUUUUGGCCAAUUCUUGAUCAAAGUUCAUCCACUUGUGUUUAGACAACAUUUAAUAUUUAAGAAACUUUUAUCUCUUUUAUUUAGUGUGUAAAAAAAGGGAUUUGUGUUUCUUAAAGUAAGGCAUAGGGGGAAAAACAUCCUAUUAUUUUGGAAUCUGAACCAAAAAUCACAAAAUAAUACACAUGUAGGGGCGUCAGGAUAUAUACUGGUAUUGACGAUAUCAAUCAAUCUUUAUUUGUAUAGCGCCAAAUCACAACAAAGUCAUCAUAAGAUCA